CGGUAUGUUUUCAAUCCGAGUGUAUUUCACAUGCCAUUUAUUUUCUAAACCCGGUGGCAAUCAACGUAAUAAGAUCAGGGAACCAAGGGCAAACACACGACAAGUCACCUAUAUAUCGCAAGGCUAAGUCCCUUACCUCUCCACAACACACACAACUUCAGCCUUGAGACAAAACUAAAACUAAAAACAAAGAAACAGAGAUGGGUUUGGUUACAGAGGAGGUUAGAGCUAAGGCAGAGAUGUACACCGGAGAUGAGAUAUGCAGAGAGAAGACAAAGUGUUUCCUCAAGGAAAUAUCUAUGCCCAAUGGCUUAUUACCAUUGAAGGAUAUAGAAGAGGUUGGGUAUGACAGAGAGUCAGGUGUUGUAUGGCUGAAGCAGAAGAAGAGCAUCACUCACAAGUUCACAGAGAUCGAUAAGCUUGUCUCCUAUGGAACUGAGGUCACAGCCAUUGUAGAGACCGGGAAAAUCAAGAAGCUCACUGGAGUCAAAGCCAAGGAGCUUCUUAUUUGGGUCACUAUCAAUGAGAUCUAUACUGAGGAACCCCCUACCAAGAUCACGUUCAAGACACCGACCACACUGUCCAGGACUUUCCCGGUCACAGCUUUUACAGUACCAGAAGAAGAACCUGCCAAGGAGGAACCUGCCAAAGAGGAACCUGCCAAGGAGAAGAGCAGCGAAGCCACCGAGGCCAAGGAGGCUGUUGCAAUCAAGGAGGCUGUCGCAGUCAAAGAGGCGGCCUAAUCAAGCCUCUGCUUCAGCAGUUAAAAGAGACCCAAAUUUUUAAGUGUACUUCAAGAAUUUGGACAAAUCAUGGAGAGUUAGUGUUUCUCACUGCUCUUACUAUCAUGUAUUAUUACCUAUCACUUGUUGCUGCUUGUUUUACCUGUAAUAAACUAUCAAUAUCAUCCUGUUCCACUAAAAAUUAUCCGUAAUUAUCUAUAAACUACAUUAAAGCUGGUUCCGUA